AUGGCGUCCAUCUGCUUGCAGAACGUCCAGCCAAAUCGUCGACUCAAUUCUACUCCGCAUCAAAGCAAACCCGAGAUGACCAUGACGGGCAAGAUGCUGUGCAUCCUCGCCGUUCUUUGCUACAUUCCUUUGACGAUUCAGUCCGACAUGACUCGUCUAAUCAAGCGUGACGCCAACAACGACGACGAGGGGUGCGAGCCGGCCGAGGACUCGUUCGAAGAGCUCAUGCUGAACGAACAUAAUGCUUUCCGCGCCAAACAUGAUGCUGCUCCCCUGGUUUGGGAUGAGCGUAUGGCUAGCACGGCAGCGGACUGGAUCUCUGCCUGCAAUUAUGUUCACAGUCCACCCGCGCUCGCGGGCGUGUACGGCGAGAACAUCGUCUGGGGAUCUGGCUAUACCCCCCUCGAGCUAAUCCGUGACUGGGAAGCUGAAGGUCCCCAGCACGGCGCGUACAAUCACUACACUCAGAUGGUCUGGAAGUCGACAAAGACGCUUGGGUGUGCGCAGAAAGCUUGUCCAGGCGAUACCACCUUCAUCGCAUGUCACUACGGUCCCGACGGUGGCAAUGUGGAAGGCGAGCUUGCUCAAAACGUUUCCUGA